AUGGACGACAAGAUUGCGCUGACGAGCAACGAAGGCGAGCGGCCUCGGAUGAAGAAGGACUGGCGCUUCUGGACGAUCUUUGCAGCGCUGAUGCUGAUUGCCUUUCUAGCUGCGCUGGACAUGACGAUGAUUUCGACGGCGCUGCCUGCGAUUGUGGCUGCUUUGCCACCAUCCUCGAUCGCGGCCAACUGGGUGACCUCUGCAUUUCUGCUACCCAUGGUUGCUUCGCAGCCGAUCUUUGGAGGGCUGAGCUGCUCGCUGGGACGCAAGAACUCGGUGAACGCUGCGCUGAUCAUCUUUCUGGUGGGGUCGGUGGUGUGUGCGACGGCCAAGACCAUGUUGGUGCUGGUGGUCGGACGCGGUGUACAGGGGUUGGGCGGUGGAGGUAUACACGCGCUGUCGGAGAUCAUCAUGUCCGAUCUCACCACGCUCCGCGAACGGGGAGUCUACUUCGGCCUGAUCGCACUCGUGUUUGCCGUGGCCGGGUUCAUUGCUCCCGUGCUGGGUGGGGUGUUUAGUCAUUCGAAUUGGCCGUGGAUCUUUUGGAUCAACUUGCCCAUUGGGGCCGUGGCGCUGGUGAUGCUGGUGUUGUUCCUCAACAUCCGCGUGCCGCUGCUGACGGGAAGACAGAAGUGGGAGAAGCUCGAUCUGGUGGGUAACGCAGUCUUGUUUGGAUCGGUAACGGCCGUUCUCAUCGCCGUUACCGAGGGCGGCAUCAAGUAUCGCUGGUCAGAUCCCCGAGUCUGGGUGCCUCUGGUGGUGGGCCUGAUCGGACUUCUGGCGUUCUUGAUGGUGGAGUGGAUUCCAGGACCGCUGUGUAGGCAACCCGUGUUUCCACGCGACCUGUUUGCCAAUCGCACCGCCGCAGUGGCGUACCUGCAAACCUUUUUGCACGGCGUCAUCUUUUACGGCAUCAUCUACAUGGUGCCCAUCUACUUUCAGGCGAUCAAAGACCGGACACCCCUCGAAUCGGCAAUUUGGUCCUUCCCCCUAACUGCACCCUCCACCCCCCUUGCGCUGGUCGCCGGACUGAUCAUCAGCAUCUCCGGGCGGUAUAAAAAUCUCAUCUUCCUCGGAUGGGCGCUCAUGGCUGGUGGCGUCGGUUGGCUUACCCACUGGUCGGUGGGAACAUCCAAAGCCGAGUGGGUUAUUUCUCAAAUCAUCGCUGGAGCAGGGAUUGGGAUCAUGUUCCCCAUCACGCUGCCGCCGAUUCAGGCCUCGCUACCCGUGGAGAGGCUGGAAGCAGCCACGGCCGCCUAUGCCUUUUCGCGAACAUUCGGUGCGGUGUGGGGCAUCACUGGGGCUACCACGAUCUUCGCCACGCAAGCAGCCAAGAACCUGCGACCGAGCUAUGCGCAACUCAACCCGCUGGGUUUGGACGAUUUCACGGUGAUCGCCUUUGCAGAGUCGCUGAGGUAUCUGCCGAAAGAGCUGCAGGUGCUGGUCAAGAAGGUGUAUGCCGAUGCGAUUUCGGAUUCGUUCUGGCUGUUCGUCCCGCUCGCCAUCAUCGGAUUCCUGUCCACCUUGCUGCUCAAGGAUCUUCCGCUGCCGGACUUUAUCAAGAGCCAGGCCGUGUUGGAGGAGAAGAACGAGUCGAACGGCCAAAGCCCAUCUCCUUCCGAGAGCCUUGUUUGA